UAAAAGAAAGAAAGAAAUAAUGAAAAAGAAAGAUAUCGUAUGAUUUUUCAAAUGCGCGCGAAAAAGUACAAAAUGUUUCCUGAGCUGAAAUUCGUCAUCCAACUACUUCAAAGUAACAUGCCUUUGUUAAGUUAAUUUUUUCCUGAUUUCUCUCUUGAGAUUCUCACUAAUGUGCAGAAAUCAGCUGUCAUAUGAUAAUCUCUUUACGAUAGCAAUCUGUCUUGUGGUUUUGACAUGUAACCAAUAAGCASUGUUUCGAACCACCUGUCUCGAUGACUGAUGAAAACGCACUCGAUAAGAACUCUUCAUUUAAAAACUCGUCGCAAACAUACUUUCAAGUUCUCGUCUAUUGGUUUUUAGUAGAUUGAUAACUCAGCUGUAUAUUUCCACACUGGUUCUCGAAUUUUACGAAAUAUUACGAAUCCACAACUUGACUAGAGAGAUUUUUGACAAUGAAGACUUCAAAUCAUGGCCAUCCAUUCAAGUGCGUCGGCCAGGAGAGUUGGAAGCACCUUCUUGCCUUUGUUCUUGUAUAUUGCUUUGAAGAACUUCUGAGACUACAGUUUUUCAAAUGUCCAUGUACAAACUACACUAUGUACAGCUUGGCCAUGAUUGCCGCMCCAUCUCUCUUUCUACUGGGUGUGGGUUUCUGUACAAGUACUAACUACUGGAAGGUUGUACACACUCGUAGGAAUAUGAUCAACUAUAAAGUCCUCAUCAACUACUGCCUAAAGUCAUUACCAAACCUGUUCGAACCUUUCUUUCCUGUAUCUGUCUUUAUUGUAUUGGUACUUUUAAAAGGGGAAUAUUACGCAUGCGCUAUGGUUGGCAACUCUCACGCAUGCGCAAAACAAAAGGAGAUUGGCUCUAGGAUACUGACAACGAAGCCAACAGACGAAUUUGAUCGACGCACACUUUAUUCCCAGUCACAGUUGCUUGGUUGUGGGGUAAUGGCCGGCGUUACCAUCUUUGCUGUGGGAAUCAUCUUUAUUCGAUCAUGUUUCUUUGUCAGAGAAGGCAUCCCUGACUCUGAGGAAUACUAUCUUCUUGAAAACAAACUGUUAGUGGAGUCAUUUCGCGAAAAACUUGAAGAGUCCAUUGAGAAAGAAGUCAAACGUGAUGUCGAAGAAGCAUUURAAGGUGUCGAGGAGAAAGGUGUUGAGAUGGUUUUCAAGCAAGCACRCGAUCACAUUGGAUACAAAAAAACACUUAAUCAGAAUGGCAGGUUUACUCGACUGAACGAGAACGGACAUUGUGAUGAAGAAAACUCGUCUGUCAGAAUUAUCGAUUCGUCUCUUUAAAGAAMUUGUAUUGAUUCCACUUUGUCGAAGGUACAUCGACGCGACUUUUAUCGACAUUUGCACACAUUGUACAAACUUUGGACGAUGAUUUUAUCGACUUAUCGUAUCAAACGAUCGAUUUAAAUCUGCGGAUUAUAUUCCUCUCUUAAACGACUUUUUAAAAGCUCUGAUCAACUUCUGCAAAUCAUCGAAUGAUACCUAAAAUUUCAAAGCCAUUAAUUUUUCAGAUCUGGUGCGGCUGCGUCAUGAUGACAAUGCUCUUUUAUUAUCAAGAUUUUACCAAAGGCAGGUGCGUAGCGUCCUUUACGCAUAUACGCACGUGCGUGCAAGUUGCAAGGAAAAAUUGAAAUGUUCGGGAUUUUUUUAAUAUAUAUAAUUGUCUCGAUGCCCCUCAAAACGCUGUAAAUCGCAUUUUUAAUUGUUAAUAUUUCAAAAUUUCCUGGGGGAGGACCCCAGACUUCCCUUAACACUCCCGCAUUCGGCGGUCGUUAGCUCCACCAAUCCAAAAUAUGUGUCGCGGCCCCUAACAUGCGCGUACUAGCCAAAAAGUCCAGGCUACGCGGCUGAAAGGGCUGUUCAUCCAUUAAGGGAUACUAUUCAGAAAUCAGCUCGAAGCAAUAGAAGAUUAUAAAUAUUUCAAGAAGUAUAUGUAGUCACUUUCAAAAGCAAUUAAACUAAAGAAAUUCUCAA